AUGGCCUUGCGCGGGUUCCUGAGCGGCCUGGACAACCACUUGCCUGGUCCCUGGGCUGACCAGUACAAUUCCUGGCGAUUGUCCGCCACGCGGUUCCUGCAGCAGACUUACUAUCCUCGCCCACGGCCGCGACCGACGCGGUUGCUUCUCGCAGUCGCAGGAUGCUUCUUUUUGAUAUUUCUUUUCAUGCGGUCUCCGGGCGAGCCGGAGGUCAAUCACUGGCUUCAAUACCCCUCGUACCACCCUUUCCACGGUCGACCUGAAGACGCCACGAUCAUAACCCCCCGGAUUGCCUACGAUCACAAUGAUACCUUUAUACUGUCGAAUAAUCUGCAGAAGACGAAUGCAUCGUUUCAUCUCGUCCUGCCCGCGACCCGCAGCAACCCAGGCCUAUGCCGUACCUUGACUUCGGCCAUGAUUCUAAAUUAUCCGCCGCCAACGCUGGUGCGCUAUGGGAGAGAACUUCCAGCGGGAUCGGCCGGACAUGAUUACAUGGUUGACAGAAUUACUGGGAUAUAUAACUUUUUGGCGUACACCCCGCGCCUCCAGGAUCAUGACAUUGUUUUGGUUGUGGACGGCUUCGACAUUUUCUUCCAGCUGCCGCCAGAGGUUCUAGUCAGGCGGUAUCAGGAAUUGCUACGGGAAAUGAAUGCGAAGUUACGUGAGAGGUACGGUAUGGUUACGGUGGAUCGACCAUUCCGCAAGGAUGGCGUGGAAACACACCAGAAGUACUCGCAGCGCGUGAUUUUCUCCGCAAGCAAAGAGUGUUUUCAUAACCUGACAGACGAUGCCGGCUGUGCCAGUGUGCCGGAGUCGACUCUCCCGCCGGAUAGUUAUGGGUGGAAAACGGACACACAGGAGCAAUUGACCCGCCCGCGGUGGCUCAAGCCAGGCGCGGUUAUUGGGCAGGUAGCCGACCUAAAACUCAUCUACGCGCAGGUCUUGCGGUUCGUUGAGGAGCACCGCGCAGUCGACGGGGACUACCUGGCCCUGACGCAGAUGUAUGGUCGACAGGAAUACGUGCGCGAGCUGGAACGGCGUCGAACCUCAAACAGCUUUAAAGAGCUGUUAAAUCGAUGGAUUGGAAUAUCCGAGGCCACAAACAUCACUAUUGUCCCUCCACACCUUCAACCUGGCCAACGCUAUGAAUACGGAAUCGGCGUGGACUUUGAAUCGCGUCUCUUCUUCAAUACAGUAAACGCGAAAGAAGAUGUCGAGUGGCUGCGCUACAAUAACGUCUCCAAAACAUCCACAGUACAAGCGGAGCACCGGGUCCCUCGCGAAAGCCGCCUGUUGCUCCCAGACGACGUCUCCGACCAUAAACUCGGCAAUCCUUUCAAGCAGCCGAAAUAUAGCAAGAACGAGUACGUCAACCCGCCCUGGAACGACACCCUCGACGCACUCCCAGCCAAUCGGACAUGGAGUAAUAUUCCUCUCUUAACAAACAUCCACUCCGCCGAAGUGCCGGCUCUCAUUCAUAUGAACGCAAAAGACAAGGGUACCGUGCGUGACACGUGGUGGUCGAGAAUGUGGUACGCCCCUUGGGCUCGCGCUCUCUUGCGCAAGUACAUGCGCUCACAAACGGGCUUUGAUGCGGCGCAGCAUGCUCUGCUGGACCAGAACUUCUGGGAUGUGCGCGGUGGCGUUGGCGGUGUCUGGACAGAUAAGGGCGAGUGGAUAGACUAUCCAGAAGUCUGCUCAGGUUUUGAGAGGGACCUUUUCGAUGAUGGUCUUGGACCUUUUGGCGAGGAAGACGGAGGCGAGUAUGGUGGACCAGUUUAUAACCAGUGGGGAAAUCUGGUGAAGGGGAGGGAAUUCUAG